AUGGCUUUAUGGAAAAUGAAGAUGAGAGCAGUUCUGGUGCAACAAGGCUUAGCCGCGGUUUUAACUUCGACAGAUUCGGAUGAAAAGGGGAAGGCUCUUGCACUAGAUGAAAAAGCACAAGCAAAGUUCGAUGAGAUGCAGUUAAAGGCUUAUAGCGCUGUGAUUCUAUGCCUUGGAGAUAAGGUAUUGCGGGAAGUUCAAGGAGAGACAACUGCAUCUGGAAUCUUGAAGAGGCUUGAUGAAGUUUACUUGGCCAAAUCAUUGGCUAACCGCCUCUAUAUGAAAAGAAGGCUGCAUUCAUAUAGUUUUUCAGAGGAUAAGUCAAUCGUGGAGCAGGAUAAGGAUAUCACCUUGAAUGAAGUUCAUGAUGCACUCAUGGCCAAAGAGCUGCAGAAAGGUAAUUCAAAACUCUCUGAUUCUCAGCCAGAGUCACUUAAUAUCAAGAAGUUCAACAAGAAAAAGUUAAAGGAGAAAGUUGAGGAAACUAAGCAUGAGGGCUCUGAGGUCAAGGAAACUCGUUCUUGCUACUGCAGUGAUGGAGAAGAGGCUGCUGAAGUUAUUAAUGUGAUGGAUAAGAUUGAUAAAGAUUCAUGGAUCAUGGACUCUGGAUGCUCCUUUCAUAUGUGCCCAAAUCUAGAUUGGUUUCAAGAUCUGGUUGAGUGUGGUGGAUCUGUGCUGCUAGGGAAUGAUAAUACCUGCAGCAUCAAAGGGAUAGGGGGCAUAAAACUGAGGAUGAAUGAUGGACCAGUGAGGAUUCUUUCUGAUGUUUGCAAAGGCCAAGAAGUAAAGAUGGUGGCCAAGAGAGCUGGUAGCUUGUAUUAUCUGCUGGCUACUGUGAUUGUAGGAGAGUCUCAUGCCACUAUGAAGAAUGAUUUGAAAAGUUGGCAUCUCAAAUUAGGACAUCCUGCUGAGGGUACUCUGAAAGCCAUGGUUCAGAAAAAGGUGAUAGAGAUGAGAGAUUAA